AAUGAUGAACUCUCAGCAUGCAGAUCGAAUAAUUCUAAUACUGAGUUAGAAGACACUAAAGUUGAUAGAGAUGAGGAAAUACAGCUCAGGAGUGACGAGAUUCCUUGUGUUGUGAACCAAACAACAACCGAAGUAAAACUUUCUCGAACUUCUAGAGCUCAAAGAAGACGUGAUAAAAAGGCGUCAGAAGAGGCAGAACGAAAUAGAAGAAGAAUUUUGGAGGAGAAAGAAAGCAGUCAAAAUGGUCCCAAAGUUGUGGAACUGAAUGCAAUCAAAGAUGUAUUGAAAGAAAUGGGAUUAGCUUUAUAUGAUGUUGCAGCUGAUGGAAACUGUUUAUAUUGUGCUGUGAAUCACCAGCUUGAGCUAAAAAAUCAGGAAGCUCAUUCCAUUACCAAACUUAGAAAACUUACUGCAAAUUUCAUGAAAGAGAACAAAGAUGACUUUAUACCAUUCAUGUACAAAGAUUCAGGUGAACCAGUUAGUGAAACAUAUUUCGAAGAAUACUGUGAUGAAGUUGCUUCUACAAAACUGUGGGGAGGUCAGCUUGAACUCAAAGCGUUGUCGAAUGUUCUCAAGUGUCCAAUAAAAGUAAUUCAAGCUAUAGGUCCACCAACAAUACUAGGGGAAGAUUUUAGUGGUCCUGAACUAACUUUAACCUAUCAUCGACAUUUGUAUAGUCUUGGUGAACAUUAUAACUCUACAGUUGACAUAAAUAAUGAUCAUUCAAGUUUUUAACUGAUAAUUUCUAAACUUUUUUUUUUUUGCGAAAAUUGCAGUAUCUUCAGAAGGGUAUUUAUUACUUGUUACUAAUUUCCUAAUUUUUAUUAUUAUUAUUCAGAUAUGCAAAGUUUUUGGUCGAAAUUCCAAUUAGAUGGUUACUGGGUUAAGAUGCUCAGUUUUGAAUACAGUAGUGCGUCCAUAAUCUGAAUACUGAAAAUUGAAUUUUAAUUGAAAUAUAAUGUUUUGUUCUUGAA